AGGCAAAAACAAGAUUACGGAAAGAGUGGCGAGAAAGAGAGAGCGAGAGAGCGAGAGAGGGAGACGUGUGUAUGUAUCAGCAGGACAGAGACAGCAAAAACCUCCGUAUAUCAGACAAACACUCAGUGCUUUACUGUAACUGUGUUUUACAGUGUAUUUAUUAAGGAUAAAGAAAACAUUGAGAGAAAACUCCACCUCAGAAUCGUCGCUAUGAAAGCCUCCCUGUGACUCAGCUCUUCGCAGAAUUGAGAAACUAAAAUCAAGACAGAGGUGUGGUGAAAAAGAAAAACGCCUCUCCAACAGUUUUGUGCUCCGCAUACCAGUGAUGGAUGUGGCAUGAAGGCAAGGAAGUACUGCAGUUUUAACUUAUGAAGGAACUCUUAUAAUAUUUCAAGCUUUUUGGCACAAGCGCUUUUAAUAAGAAACCAAAUAAGUGACUCCUACAGAAAUCUCCGGAACAUGAAGUAAGGUUUAUUUGUACAGAAAGUAAACACUCACUGCCAGAUCUUGCUCUUAUUUAUUUUAUAAGCAACUAAAAAAGACUUUUGAAUCUGUAUUUUUGCUAUUUUAACUUCAAUUUAAUAGUCUCUGAGCUGUCAGGUCAUGGCAGAUUCUUGCGCAGACACCAUUGACGGUGAGAUUAAAGGCUUUUCUGAAGGACAGCAGUUAAAUAUUACUAAAAAUGAGGACUUGGAGCAAGCUAAACCACAAAAAGAGGCCAUCCCCAACACUGAGGAAUCCUCUGCAAGUGUUUCUCAAAUAAAAGAUGACCUUGCAUCAUGUAAAGAUCCUCCUACAACCAUAGCUUCUCUUGAAGACGACGCAAAAGCAGCUUCAUCUGCAUCGGUGACCAGUAAAAGCCAAGAUGAAUCAGAAGUCAUCAACAGCCAAUCCUACACGCCCAGCCAAUCAGAAGCGACGCCCAGUUUCUCCAUGGCCAGUCUGGAGUUUUCCGAGGAGACCAAUGGUGUUCCUCUGGAUGGGCCGGUGAGCUCGGUUAAAUCUGCUCGGGAUGGAAACCAAGUCCCCGUUCAGGAAAAUGAAGGGGCCGUUGCUGGGGCCAUGAGGCCUGCAGAGCCGAGCAUGCCGGCGUAUUAUUUUGUCAAGUGGAUUACCUGGAAGGAGAAGAAGACUGCUGUAAUCACGCAGAGCGAGAACGGACCCUGCCCUCUGAUCGCCAUCAUGAACAUCCUGCUGCUGCGCUGGAAGGUGAAGCUGCCAGCUCAGACAGAAGUGGUCACCACAGAAGAACUGAUGGCUCACCUCGGUGAAUGUGUGCUGUCCAUCAAGCCCAGAGAGAAAGCGGAGGGCAUGGAGCUCAAUUUCCAGCAGAACAUGAGCGACGCGAUGGCCGUGCUGCCAAAGUUGUCGACGGGUCUGGAUGUGAACGUGCGUUUCACUGGCGUGUCUGAUUUCGAGUACACGCCUGAAUGCAUCGUCUUUGAUUUGCUCGACGUCCCGCUUUACCACGGCUGGCUCGUCGACCCGCAGAGUCCUGAGGUAGUAUCUGCAGUCGGCAAACUCAGCUACAACCAGCUUGUGGAGAAGAUCAUUGAGUUCAAGCACUCGACAGACAGCAGUCAAGUCAGCGAAGGUUUGAUAGCGGAGCAGUUUUUGGAGUCCACAGCAACGCAGCUGUCCUAUCAUGGCCUGUGUGAGCUCAACACCACAGCCAAGGAGGGAGAGCUGUCUGUGUUUUUCAGGAACAACCACUUUAGCACAAUGAUAAAGCACAAGGGUCAUCUUUACCUGCUGGUCACCGAUCAGGGCUUCCUGCAGGAGGAGAGUGUGGUGUGGGAGAGUCUCCAUAAUGUGGAGGGAGACGGAAACUUCUGCGACUCAGACUUCAGAUUGUGUCACCCUUCCCAGAAGCCCUCAGCAGCAGCCGCCCAGCCCUCCACACAGCAGCAGCAGCAGAUGCAGAUCGACCAGGACUAUCUGGUGGCGAUGUCCCUGCAGCAGGAGCAGGGUGAAGCUCCUGGACCUCUGAGUGAUCUGGAGCUGGCCAGACAACUACAGCAGGAGGAGUAUCAGCAGCCACAAACACAACAGCAGCAGCAGCAGCAGCAACAACCCUCUGCAGGACAGAUGAGAGGUCAAGCCGCGUCUCCGCAAGGAGGACCGAGGCGUCGUGAAAAGAAGGAAGAAACAGAUUGUUGUAUUCUAUAAAUCAGAGUAAGUGGCCAUCAUAACCAGACUCUCCAAAGCCAGCUCGAGUUAACCUCUCUUCUGUACCACUACUGAAACAAAGCUGGCGUCCUGAUGCCAAGCCUGCCUUUACAAUACAGUCGUCCCUCGUGUUUUAUGCCUUUCCUCACCCCUGAACUGUUGCUCAUCAUCCGUCUACUGGACCAAAUAAAGGUAGCAAGUGUUUCCAAGCA